CAUAAGUCCUGCUCUUUUUCCAUUUAAUAUUCCUCGUUCGCUAAGUCAAUCGCUUGGUCAAACGCUUCUUGUCUUGUAACGAUGUCCAUACCCGUACAUGCAUAGUGUCUUAAUGUUUAAAUCAAAAUGAAGAGACCUUGGAAUUAUUUUAUACCGGUAUGGGUUGCGGUGGCACAUUUCGCUGCCAAUUCCGCCGGGGAAGGAUUCAAUUCGAGUUCGUCCGAGCCUACUUCAGCAGAGCUCUUGAAUGGCGAAAACCACCCGCCUUUUCCCCCGCCCUUUCACCCGCCCUUUCCCCCGCCUAAAGACUGCAAACACUGUCCUAUCAAAUCCACUGAGACCUGUACUGUUACGGAGAAACUUCCCGGAAAGACUGUGACUACAACCUGUACUGUCACGGAGACACGUCCUGGAACGACCACUACAUUGACCGACCGGACAACGACAACACUGACUCUACCGGGUUCGAACGACACCGUCACCAGAAGUACGACGAUUACUCUGCCGGGUUCGAACAUUGCUAUCACUCAGACUGUCACUGAAACCAAGAGCACCACCGAGACCAAGAACAUCACCCAGACCACCACCGAGACCGGGAAGACCACCAUCACACUACCUGGAGAGAAAACCACUACUACUAUCACGACAACCUCCACUGUUCCCGGCUCCAAUUCUACAAGCACCACCACGUCUUUCAUUCCGACAACUAGUACGAGAAGCCUGUCAUUCACCACCACUGAAAUCUCCACUGUUCCUGGCCGUAAUUUCACAACGACGAUCACGUCUUUUAUUUCGACGACUAGCACGACUAGCUUGUCCGUUACCGUUACUGAAACAUCAACUACCACUGCUGCCGGGUCCACUACUACUGCUGCCGGGUCUACGGCGACCGUCACGACCAGUUUAUCCGUUACCGUCACAGAUACGUCAACUACCACUGCUGCCGGGUCCACGGCGACAGUGACCUCAACAUCGUUGGUGCCAGGAGCUAGCUUGACAACCACAAUCACAAAUACCAAUACGGAGACAAUCACCUUGACCGAUAGUGCAUCGGCCACUCGCACAAUCACCUUGACCGAUAGUGCAUCAGCGACGCGCACAAUCACCUUGACCGAUAGUGCAUCAGCGACGCGCACAAUCACCUUGACCGAUAGUGCAUCAGCGACGCGCACAAUCACCUUGACCGAUAGUGCAUCAGCGACGCGCACAAUCACCUUGACCGAUAGUGCAUCGGCCACGCGCACGAUCACCUUGACGAGUAGUGCACCGGCCACGACGACAAGCACGAUCACCGUUACGACAACGCUAAGUGAGUCAUCUAGUGCGGGUGUGUCUUCAACUCCUGUUGCACCUUCGUCCUCCCCUUUGCCUUCGGGCUCCAGCUCCAACAGCUCAGGAGGUAUGAUCCCCCGGGGACAUGGAACCCUAGUUCAGUUGUCAUUCCCUAUCUUUUGUCACCGCAUCGCUGGCUUACCCUUGUUUUUUUCUUUCUCAUCUUCCCUUUUUGUACCCAUCUCAAAAUCCCGUUGGAGACCUCUUCGGUGAAUGUCUUUGGUGGCCUUGCUUCAACCCACAAUUCCGGCUCACAAACUCGAUUUUUCAAGUAAUCCUAAGUGCGCACUCUGACGGUUUUAAUACAGGCACCCCUACAUCGACUCCUACCUUGGCUCCUACACUUACUCCUUCAUCGUCGAGUGGGACAUGUGCGAGCGAUUGCCAAGUGGGCGUGACCGCCACCGUUCUCACAUACCCCACCGCGGUUGUUCAAACCACGGCCACGGUCCCAACGGCAGCGA